AUGAUGGCUUCACCGACUGCCUCUCGCCCAGCGGGCACAGUUGACCUCUCCAAGAAACUCCUGGAUCUCCGAUCAUCCAAACACAAACCCCAAACGCAGGCCCGAGACCCCACGCCCACUACCCCUCGCCUGCCGCCACCACUAAACCUGUCCGCCCACCAAUACCUCCGACCCGCGCGCCGCAUCCUCUCCCCAAAAGAUCACGAGCUUUUCUUAUCCUCAUCUACCUAUAAUGUCGUCCUCGCUUUCGUCUUCGGUCUAACCGACUCGGUCCGUGGCCGGCCGAAUGACCACACCCAGGAAUCGGAGGCCAUCACCAAGAUCUCUGGCAUUGUGUCUCGGAUUCGAUCAUUACUAGACAAACACCCAGCCAUCGACCAGGGCGGGUCUCGAUUCGGCAACCCGGCGUUUCGCACACUCUUCGACGAGCUCGCUGCGCAGAGCGCGUCAUGGCACUCCGAGAUCCUCGGGCUGGAAGACGGAGCCGCAAUCGACGAGGCAUCCACAUACUUGAUCCAUUCACUAGGGUCGCGAGACCGGAUCGAUUACGGUUCCGGGCAUGAAUUGAACUUCAUGAUGUGGCUGCUGUGUCUCUAUCAGCUCGGCCAACUCCCCAAGACCGACUUUCCUGGUGUCGUGUUCAAGGUCUACGUCGAGUACCUGCAUCUCAUGCGCGAGGUCCAGUCGACCUACUACCUCGAGCCGGCCGGGUCACACGGCGUGUGGGGACUGGACGACUACCAUUUCCUGCCCUUCCUGUUCGGCGCCAGCCAGUUGGUGGACCAUCCCUAUGUGACGCCGCUGGGGAUUCAUAAUACGGCGACGCUGGACGAAGAAGGCGAUCGAUAUUUGUAUCUGGAUCAGGUGCGGUGGGUCGACAGCGUCAAGACGGUCAAGGGUCUGCGCUGGCACAGUCCCAUGCUGGAUGAUAUCUCCGGAGCCAAGAGCUGGCUCAAGGUGGAGAGCGGGAUGAAGAAGAUGUUUGUCAAGGAGGUGCUGGGCAAGCUGCCCAUCAUGCAGCAUUUUCUGUUUGGGAGCUUGCUCCCGCCGGCCGAGGGGAUGGGAGCGUUGGCGGCGGAGGGGGAUGAGAGUCUGCACGAACAUGAACACAAUCACCCACACGACCAUCAGAAUACAGACUACUUCGGGGAUUGUUGCGGUAUCAAGGUGCCCAGCACGGUGGCGGCGGGCGCAGAGAUGCGCAAGCGGAUGGGAGGGUCGGGGUUGCGCCCGAUCCCGUUCGACUAG